AUGGGAAUAGUGAAAGUACAUUCGGCUAAUCAACAUCAACGUUCAUCAUAUCGUCGAAGGGACCUUCGAAAAACCGCAUCGGUCAACGUCCUACGUAUUAACCAUAAUCCGUCUCGAAUAAUGCAUUCUGUCUCACCUACUAAUCGUAUAGAACAGGAAAUAAUAAAUGAUGCAUCUACUAAAGAAAUCAUUGUUUUAACACCUACAAGUGAUAGGCGUUUAGUAUGGUCUAAAGAGGCACGACUACGACCACCACCAGCACAACAUCCACUACUACCACUAGCACUACAGCAACAACGACGACUAGCAGCAACUACAACUACUAGUACAAGCACGACGACAACUACUACAACCAGCACUACAACAUCAGCAACAACUACGACUACCACAACUACUCCAAUGCCACCAUGUACACCAGUUUCUGUUGGCUCUUCCAGUAAUCUUUUAUCAGCAACAUCCGGUGGGUCUUCAUAUACGUGUUAUGCGUAUGCAUGGACACCACUUACUACUGGCACUGUUACUCUUACCUUUUCACUUCAACACAAUCCUGCUUAUUGGUUUUUGGAUGAUGUGUCGGUGUAUAAUGGAGGUACUGAAAUGCUGAGUAACGGAGGUUUUGAAUCAGGUUCAUUCUCACCCGGUUGGACCAAAGCCGCUCCGACUGGCUGUGGAUCAGGAACAACAGGAUAUAUUAGUUCAACAUACCAUCGCACUGGUAGCUAUGGUUAUGCAGAUGGUUGUAACAGUCACACUGAUCAACUCAGUCAAUCAUUUGUAGUUACAGCAGGACAAUCAUAUAUUAUCAGUUUUUGGCUAAAAUCUGGAGGAACUGGUUCUGGAGUAUCAAUUUCAGUUAACAUUUCUUAA